AUGGACUUAUACGAACAGCUUCCGUCCAGCGAUAUAAUAUAUCAGCCUGAGUACAAGUUUCUACUGGAUGCAGCCACAUCGCAUGGAAUAACAUGUUUGGACUUUUUAUCGCAAUCGCCUGCGAACUUGAUGAAGGUAAUCAAUAGAUCUAUUAAUGAGAUCGUGAAGUUCCAGGAAACCUUACGAACUGAGUUUGAUAAGGCAAUUACGGAGAUUAAAAUACAAAAGAAGGUUGAUAUUGAAUUAGAGGAUCGUCCCAUGUGCUUUACAUCAGGUGAUUCUGAAAUUGAUCGUUUGCUUGGGGGAGGCAUCUAUACCAAGGGCAUCACUGAAAUAUUUGGCGAGAGUAGCACAGGAAAGUCGCAACUCUUGCUACAACUGGCACUCAGCGUACAGCUUCCGGAGGAAAUGGCUGGUUUGCGAGGCCAGAGUGUUUAUAUCACUACGGAAGGUGAUUUACCAACGAAAAGGCUUGAUGGUAUCAUACAAAACUCAUCAUUGUUUAAGGAUGAGGAUGGAAACCCAUUAGUAUCUCAACGACGCAUAUUUACUGUUACAUGCAAUGAUUGGGCUAAUCAGGAACAUGUGACUACGGUUCAACUACCUAUUCUUUUAGAAAGACACCCCUCUAUAAGAUUGGUCGUGAUAGACUCCAUAUCGCAUCAUCUCAGAGUGGAGUUGCAAUCAAAAACAUUUCAAGAAUCUCGAGACAACAGGCAUAUUAUAGACUGGAUGGCGGAACACCUCUUAGGAUUAGCACAAAAACAUAAUGUGGCAAUUGUUGUUGCCAAUCAAGUGAGUGAUAAAUUACUGCAAGAAAAACCUGUACAACAAGACUUUAAAGAUUACGAUUACCAAUUAGGAUGGUUUAUCGGGUGGAAAAACUCCACAAUUUAUUAUAGACAUCAAUUUAAUGAACAGGAAAGGACAAAUGAGGACCUACUAAGUGAUGAUGAAGACUACUCUUUAAUAGUAGAGCAAGUUGCAAAAAAAGUACAACAAAAGAAUAACGGCAAUGGAGAAUCAGCACCUGUAGCAUCCACCUCAAAUCAGCACCAGCCCCAACAACAGAUACAGCAGAUACAGCAACAGCAACAGCAACAGCAACAGCAACAGCAACAGCAACAGCAACAGCAACAGAACCAGAACCAGAACCAGAACCAGAACCAGAAUAAAACUCCCGGACUCAACUUCAUAUCAAAAAGAAAGAGAGCAUUGGAUACUAAGGUUCCAGGUCUUGGCUUAACUUGGGCUAAUCAUCUGAUGACUAGAAUAAAACUUGAAAAAUGGUAUCAGGCAUCACCUAGCAUAAGAAGUGGGAAUUUUGAUUAUGAUGAUACAACAGAUCCAACAAAAUUCUGGCAAGUGCGAAGAAACUUAAAAGUCGUCUUCUCAACGUAUGCGCCUAAAGGUGAAAUGCGCUAUAAUAUUACAAGUGAAGGUGUUGUGUCCGUCAAAUAA